CUUAUCAAUGACGCAGUAACCUUUGGCUAAAAAUCUCGAAAUGUCAUUCUCAACAUGGAAUCCUUGUCGAAAUUUCAAAAUUAUGUUGUUGCAAAAUUUGGAACCUAGUCUUCGCCGAUAUCUGUUCAAAGUGUACUCCUGUAUGGGCCUGACGUGCGCCGCUGCGGCGGUGGGUUCGAUAGUACAUUUGUCGAACCUAUGGACGGCCGGAUUUCUGUCAGUUUUCCUUCAAACAGCCUCCAUGGUCACUUUAAUUCUCACUCCGAAGCGAAGCACAAAUCGGAGACUCCGAAUGGCCUUACUGCUGGCAAUUGGUGCCCUGUCCGGGCAUACGCUGGGCCUAUUGAUCGAACAGGUCAUAGUCGUAAAUCCUGCAUUCGUGAUUACUUCUCUCCUCGGAACGGCUGUUAGCUUUGGUUGGCUCAGCGUUUCUGCGAUUGCCGCCCGACGAGGUAGUCAUCUGAUCCUGGGAGGUGUCCUUUCAAGUGUUAUCUGUGGCUUGAUUAUGGUCGCCAUAGGAAAUCUGUUCUAUAAAUCUUGGAUUGUUCACAAGAUGAGCCUCUAUCUGGCACUGACGGUGAUGUGCGGCUUCGUGUUAUUUGAUACUCAGCUUAUUAUGGAGGACUACCGUGGCGGUAUGGAUGAUUAUGUUGUUCAUGCUCAAAUGCUAUUCUUCAACAUGACGGAUAUUUUUCGUAUGCUAAUGGAAAUUUUCCGCAUAAAAUCGCAAACUCGUCAUCGAAGCAGGACUGAAGAUCAGGAUAAUGAUUGAUUUAUUCUUUGUGUGAAAAUAAAACGUU